AAUAGCUAUAAUUGGAGCAUUGAGGAAGACAGUACACAGCCCAACUGGACUACAAUUCAUCAAUUACCUUUGAAGGCAUCUACAGUCAGUAUGGACAGCAAAGCUCUGCAAGACAUAGAAAGGGCCCUCGACAUAGCUAAAAAGAAACUUGAGCAUUUAAAGAUUUUAGAGGAGACACUUCAACAGUUGGUCACCAAAGCAAAGCAGGAAGAAAGCAAGAUUGCAGAUAUCAUUACUGCCAAGUUUGCAGAUUGUAUGGCUUCUCUGAACUCAAGGAAAAGGAAGCUUGAGAUAGAGUUGGUAAUGAACACCAGUUACUAUGUAACUGAUAUACAUAGCAUUCAGGUAGCUGUUUUGCAGAAAAGAAGCAAUUUGAUUGAUGCCAUAAAGAUAGCAAAGGAACUGAAAGCAAUUCAUUCAUUACAAUCCUGCCACAGCUUAAAUCAGGCUCUCUGCAACUUAAAUGUGUCAGUUGAAGAAGAAAUCUUGAAACUAGGUUAUCUGAAAAAAAGAACACUUCCAAGGUUUUACAUGGACUGUGAUGAGAUAAGCCAUAUGUUUGAAAACAUAGGCAAAUUUUCCUAUGAUGCCUUGAAUGUGUACAGUUUCGAAGACAGCUCUCUAAAAGUGAAAAAUGAACUUGGUACUUCAAGUCAAGUAAAUGUAAAUCUUGAUAAAGAAAUUGAUGUAAUUACUCCUUUGGAAGAAUCUGAUGCAUGUUUUGAAGGAACCCAACUGCGAGAAAUGGGUCCAUUAUCCAUUCAGAAAUGCACUGCUGUGUUACCCCAGGCUGCGUCUACACCAGAUGUUAUCAUUGAAGAAAUAAUUGAAGAUGAUCAAGAAAUACUUUCUGCAGAAUAUCCCAAAUCUACAUAUCGGAAAAGUAUUUUCCAAAAAUGGCCAGUUCCAUUUGGGCCAAAAGCGGACGUUCCUGAAUUGGUUGUUGUCAGUUGUGUAAUAAAUCCUUGUUAUUUCUAUGUUCGGAAAGUUUCCCAAAAGAAAACUGCAGGCUAUUUGGAAAAGGUUCUGAAGCAGUAUUGUAGUCAUAAAAGUUUGUCUCCUAAUGACAUUUUGGAACUAGGCACAAGGGUUUUGGUUAAAAGUAAAGAACAUGGAAUGUGGUGCCGUGCAGAUAUCAUUGAACUAAUUCCACUGCUAAAAACACAUGAAGGGAAACCCUGUAGUCCAACAAAAUACAGAAUUUGUGAUAUUGCAAUUAUGAAAGUAUUCCUUAUAGAUUUUGGGCAUCCAGAAGCUUUAAUUGUUUCAGGAGUACCUAACGAAGUUACUGUGAAUCCAGAACAUGUUACUCUGGCAGUGAUUGAAGAUCUAUGUUUGGUUGUAAGGAAAUUGAAUUUAUAUUUAGAGGCUCAGCUCAGAGGUAUAAAUAAGCUAGCACUACAGUGUUCACUAAAGGACAUUGUUCCUAAGCAUUCAGAAAAAGGUUGGAAUAGAAGAGCAAGGACAGAAUUUUUGAGAAUGGUAAAUAACAAAGCUGUUCUGAUGAAAAUUUUUAGAGAAGAGAAUGGUGUGCUUAUUGUAGAUCUCAUGAAGCCUCCAGCAAACAAAAUAAGCAGCGAUAUGCCUGUAUCCCUCAGAGAUGCUCUAGUUUUUUUGGAUUUAGCAAGCUUUCGUACUGAACUUUCUGAUCAGUUUGUAAAUACUGUACCAUUGCAGUACUAUCCACCUGUGAUGCCACAGGAAAAUACAGAAGUUGCCAUUGUUGUUAGUUACAUUAAUAGCCCUGGUGACUUCUACAUUCAGCUGUUAGAACAGGGUCCUGAAUUUGCAGCUUUUCUAAGGAAAGUUGAGGAAAUGUAUAAAAAUGAAGUAGGAUUCAGCUUGGAAAUCCUUUGUCCAACCCAAGGUCAACCAUGUGUAGCCAAAUUUGAAGACAAUGGAGUUUGGUACAGAGCACAGGUGAUUGGAUUGCCAGGUCAUCAAGAAGUUGAAGUUAAAUAUGUUGACUUUGGUAAUACUGCUAAAAUAAAUAUAAAAGAAAUGCGUAAAAUAAAAGAUGAGUUUUUAGCUCUCCCAGCAAAGGCUAUUAGGUGCAAAUUGGCUCAUAUUGAACCAUGUAAAGGAGCCAGUGAGUGGACUAUCCAAUCAAAGGACAGAUUUGAAAAACUGGUUCAGGAAAAAAGUAUGUUCUGUUUUGUUACUGAGAAAUCAGAAGACAAUGUACUAUCUGUUGAACUCUAUGAAAGUGUAUGUGUAUCCCCAAUGCUGUCAUGCAGUGUGAACAGCCUUUUGGUUAAAGAUGGCUUAGCAUCUUACAUAACAAGUAAUACCAAAAUUAUAACCAGACCAUAUGAUGAAAUAUGGGAUCCUGCCCUGGAGGAUAUAUUCAAAACAGAGACAUCUUUAUUAAAACUUGAGAAUGAAGACUUGCCAUGGAUGGAAGAUUUUGUUUUGGAAUGUAAUAAAGAAUUGCAAGUGCAGAUUAAUCAUGUUGUAUCUCCUAGCAAGAUAUUUGUGCAUUUUAUGUCAUCGGAAAAAAAUCUGAAAAGGUUACAGGAAAAGAUGGUUGCUACUUACUUUGAACCGGAAAAUAAAACUAUUAAGUGGGAAGUUGGUAUGGAUUGUGCUGCUUAUAUGUGUGAUCGGAAUCAAUGGCAAAGAGGCCAGAUCCUCAGGAUUGUUUCUGAAAAAGUUGUAGAGUUAUUCCUUACUGAUUUAGGCAUAGUCAAAACUGUGGAUAUUACGUGUCUAAGAGAACUUGAACAGAAUCUGAAGACUAUCAGACCACUUGCAGUAGAGUGCUCAUUAACAGGUAUAAGACCAGCUGGUGGGGCUGAACAGUGGACGGCAACUGCUUGUGAUGUUCUUACAUCUUACUUAACUGGAGCUGUUGUAAACUUAAUAAUACAGGAUACUAACUUGUCACCUUUACCCGUGAAAAUAUUUUGCAAAGACGGAGGGCGCUGUACUGACAUUUCAGAAUUCAUGAUUAAAGAAGGCUUAGCACUCAGAAAAAGAAGAUCACCUAAAAUUGGUUCAAGUCCAGCUUCCUCUGAUAAACUACAAAAGAAUAUGGACAUAAACCAGCUGCUUUCAGAGGAAGAAAGAGCACCAAGUCUUUCUAAGCUAGAAAAGCAUAUUGACCCUUCAGUUACUGAUAGCAAACAGCAAGAACUGGAAAUUUCUGUGGCUGAGCCUCCAAUGGUUAAGGCCUAUAAACCACCAGCUCUCCCUAGCUCGGAUUGCUUCAGUGCUACAGUUAGCUGUGUUUCAGAUAACGGAACAAUUUAUGUGAUUCCCAAGUCACAAGAGCAAAAGCUAAACAAGUUAAUGAGUAACAUACAAGAUAACGUCAAAUGUUUAGGCCUUCUGGAACCCUAUAACUGGAAAAGUGGAGAAGCUUGUGUGGUAAGAGCAGCAGAUACAAUGUGGUACAGAGGUGAAGUUAAAGACGUUGGCGCUGGCAUUAUCAGGGUACAUUAUGUGGAUUAUGGAUAUAUUGAGAAAAUUCCUCAGUGCCAUCUAUACCCCACUAUUUUGUAUGCUGAGAUACCUCCAUUUUCUAUUCCAUGUCAGCUCUAUAAAACUGUACCAGUUGGCAACAUUUGGCAGCAGGAUGCAGUUGAAUUGCUUCAAGAACUACUUACAAAAAGACCUGUUAAAAUACAUAUAAUGGAGCCAUCAGAUACCCCUUGGGGGAAAGUGUCUGUCAAACUCUGUUUUGCAGGGAUGUCACUAUCUUAUUUCAUGGCAUUCCAUAAACAUUGUAUUACCGAAGAUGGUGGUGAUUCUGUAUCAAAAUUGGAUAUGCUAGAUUGCAGUAAUGAAGACUUGGAGGAAAAUUGUGAAAUCAGUCAUGAGGAAUUGCUGAUGUCUGAAGUAGACACUCCCCUCCUGCCACCGUAUACCUCACCAUCAUUGCCUGUUCUUGGAGAACUCUUUCCAGUGAAAGUAACACAUGUUGUGUCACCUAAUGAGGUGUAUAUUUCCAUUGUUCGGUCAAACAGUGCCAGCCAACAGAGAGAUGCGGAGGACAGAGCAACCAGCUUGGACUCUGAAAUUCUAGAUGAAGCCUUGGCUCAGUGUAAUCAGAACAUAGAGACUAUACCAUUUCUAACUGAUUUUCGAAAAGACAUGCCUUGCCUCGCAGAAUAUAGAGAUGGUUUGUGGUAUCGAGCAAAACUCAUUUCAAUUAAUGACUUCAGUCCUCUUUCAAUUCUGGUGGAAUUUGUUGACUAUGGAUCGACUGGAACACUGCCCACAAGCAGGUUGCGUCAGAUCCCUCCUAAGUUCAUGCAAUAUCCUGCUCAAGCAUUCAGAGUUUUGCUGGCUGGAUUUAAACCUGCUUUACGUGAUUCAGCAUCAGAGAAAAUUCCUUAUUGUCCUGAAUGGAGCAUAGAAGCAUUGUGGGCUAUGAUGGACUCUUUCCAAAGCAAAAAUAUCAGUGCUUCUUCAGUGACACAUUCACCAGAGCAUACUGUGUUUUUAUAUGAAGAUGGAUGCUUAGUUCAUAUGAAGCUUGUGGAAAUGGGAUUUGCAGAGUUGGAUCAGUGAUAGAUGCAGACUUCCUUGGUUUAAAAAAACGGAACAGUGGUUUUGUAUUAGAUUUAUAUU